AUGGAUGCCCUGGUCCGAUUCCUGCAGCUGCUGGUGCUGCUCCUGACCCUGCCCCUGCACCUGUUGGCAUUACUGGGCUGCUGGCAGCCCCUGUGCAAAACCUACUUCCCUUACUUGAUGGCCGUGCUGACCAUCAAGAACAACCGCAUAAUAGAGGUCAAGAAGCGGGAGCUCUUUAGCCAGAUCAAGAAGUUUGCAAGGGCCUCUGGGAAUGUGGCCCUGCUGGAGCUGGGCUGUGGCACCGGGGCCAACUUUGCAUUCUACCCACCCGGCUGCAGGAUCACCUGCCUGGACCCAAACCCGCGCUUUGAGAAGUUCCUGAGAAAGGGCAUGGCUGAGAACAAGCACCUCAAAUAUGAGCGGUUUGUGGUGGCUUCCGGAGAGGACAUGAGACAACUGGCUGAUGGCUCCAUGGAUGUGGUGGUCUGCACCCUGGUGCUGUGUUCUGUGGAAAGCCCAAAGAAGGUCCUGCAGGAGGUCCAGAGAGUGCUGAGGCCGGGAGGAGUACUCUUUUUCUGGGAGCAUGUGGCUGAGCCACGUGGAAGCUGGGCCUUAAUGUGGCAGCAAGUUUUAGAGCCUACCUGGAAACACGUGGCGGAUGGAUGCUGCCUCACCAGAGAGACCUGGAAGGACCUGGAGAGCGCCCAGUUCUCUGAACUCGAAAUGGAGCGACAACCCCCUCCCUGCAAGUGGUUACCUGUUGGGCCCUUCAUCAUGGGGAAAGCUGUGAAAUAA